AUGGAGUUGGAUUUGUUUGAAGAACCAAAAAAUCAAGUAGCUAUUGAUCGGAUAUUUUUUUCGGAAACUAGGCCAAUGUCAAACUUUACUUCGCCAGAUGUAUCUACAGUAGAUUUUUUCGUUUCUGGACAAGGUCCCGAAUACAUGGAUUUAAGACGGAGUAGAUUAUAUGUUCGUGCAAAACUUGUCAAGGCCGAUGGAACGGCACUUGACGAUACCGAUACGUCGAGUAUUGUAAAUUUGCCUCUUCAAGCUAUGUGGACACAAAUGGAUGUGUAUAUGAACAAUAAACUAGUGUCUUUAAAUACGUCAAACUACCCAUGGAAAGCCUAUAUUAACACUAUUCUUACCAGUGGGACCGAUGAACAGAAAUCACAACUUCAGUCACAAUUGUUCAUGAAAGAUUCCGGUGAUUUAGCGAAUACGGAUGGAAAAAACGGAGCUAACACUGGAUUGAUUCUUCGUCGAGAUUUUAUCAAGAACAGUAGAGAAUUUGAAAUGGAGGGACCGCUGUUUGAAGACAUAUUUUCACUGGAUCGCCAUUUAAUACAAGGCGUCGAUUUGUAUAUAAAACUUUACCGUAGUAGCGACCAGUUUUUUGUCAUUUCGGGUGAAGACGCCCCCGCCUACAAGUUACAGUUGUUAGAUUGUGUUUAUAAGGCAUGCAAAAUUAAAGUCGAUCCUGGCAUUAUUGUUAACCAUAUGAAACAGAUAGAAACCAAACCAGUCCGUUACUAUUUUCAAAGGACAGAAGUGAAACGAAACACUAUCAAUAAAGACUCAAGGGAGUUUAUUUGGGACAAUAUGUUCAACAUCCGCCCAAGUACUCUGGUCUUAGGGUUGAUCUCACAAGAAAGCGGAAAUGGAACGUACGAUACUAACCCUUUCUGUUUCAACCAUUACAAUGCAACUGAUGUAGGACUGUACGUUAACGGAGAGAGCGUUCCAGCGAGACCGUUAAAACUUGACUUUGGGGAUAAUAGACAGUAUGCAACGGCAUACGCUAAUCUAUUUGAGGUCUGUGAAAAAAUGAAUAGAGACGCAGGACUCACCAUUACUAGAGAAGACUAUGGAAAAGGGUACACCUUGUAUGCUUUUCCAUUGGACCCGAAAGGACUUGGAGAUGACUAUAUAAACUUGGUGAAGCAUGGGAACGUGAGAGCUGAAAUAAAAUUCAAGACGGGACUACCCUCUGCUGUCACGUGCAUAGCGUUUGGAGUAUUCGAUUCAUUUCUAGAGAUAGACCAUUCCCGAAACGUUCGCUAUAUACAGUCAUGA